UUUUUUCAUUUGCAUUAGUUUUUCCGAACUCGAGACAUGAACGAAGAAAGUUCUUAUUGAUCUUAUAGUGAAUAUAAUGUGGUGUGUGGUAUGAGUUUGCCAUUUCGUUAAACAGAUAUAUAAUAUACAUAUAUAAUCCGCAAAAAAAGAAGACUUUUCUAUGAGUUCAAAUCACAAACUGACAACUGUGUUUGGCGAAUUUUUCGAUUUUCCCAAUUAUGCUUAAACAUUUUUACUUAAUUUAGUAACUGAAAGGUGCUCAAAACUGAGAAAUUUGUCGGUUGUUGCUGUAGAAAAACUGAAAAACUUUUUUUUCCGUUGAAAGUGUUUUUAACAUAACGUAAAGUGUAAAAAUAAAAUAAUAAAAUUAUACAUGUGUAUGUGUAAGGUUUCAAAAUAUAAAUAACUUACAUAUUUUAACCUAGUAUAGGGCAGAUAUAUAUAUAUAUUGAACAAAUAUUUGUAUGCAGUUUCAUGUGUGAAGUUUGAUGUAUAGUUUUUAUUCCAUGUGUGCACAAAUAUAGCUUUCGAUGCAAUUGUUUUGUGAAAGAUAAGAGCUCAGUAAACCGAAAUGUUCUCAACGCUACGAAAGUAAGCUGAUGUCGAAUAAAAUUAUGUAAAGAAAGCAGAAGAAGAAGGAUAUCUUUCUGAAUUUAACUGAAGCAAUUUAGGUCAACGUUAGUGAAUCAUAAGUGGAAUCAUAUACAUAUUAUGUUGUAAAAAAAAGUCAUAGAUAAAACAUAAUAGUAGAAUCCUGUAUGUUAAUGUAAAAUCUAAGUAAAUGCGACUUGUGGUGAUAAGCAACAGUACGUGCAGCAAUUUAUCUAAAAUGUGAAACAUCCGAUUAAUGAUUUUAAAUUCGUCAAAUAAAUCUAAUUUAAAAAAAAUUGUGGAAAUUUAUUAAAUGCAUCAACUAUAACACUAAUAAUAACAACAACCUGAUAUGGUAGAACAUACUCAGACAAGUGAUUAAAUUACAAAAUAAAAAUCAAAUAAAUUGGAUGCUAAUAUUGCAUAUUAAUGUAUUGGGUAAGGUAAUAAUCAACAAUUGAAGGCGGAAAACAUUAAAAGUGAAAUUACAUUGUGCUAAAAUAAAAUCAAAACUUAAAAACAGAAAAAUAAAUAAAAUAAAUUCAAACAAUCGUUAUCCGUCACGGUGGCAUCGCCGAAAGGCCCCAAGGGGGCCAAAAAAGGUCGUCCAACAAACAAUCAAAUCGCAAGCGAUAACACUUCGUCACAGCGAGGAUCGGUUGAUGGGGCCAUGCAAAAAUGUGGUCUAUGCUCACUUUUGUCACGUUUAUUGCGUCGGGCUAUGUGCGUCGGAUCUAGACGUGGUAGCGGUGAAUCAUAUUACCAGGAACUAGCAGAAACUAACAUACCGGACGUAACCACUAUGGAGACCACAGACAGCUCAAUUUAUAUUCGUUUAAUACCUGCUCAAAAUCAACGUCGUAUGUCUGACUCGGACAAAGAUCGCCCACUGUUAGAUGAAUUAGUAUUUGACGAUAAAUCAAACAAUCCCCGGAGACGUCAUGCAUGUACCGGACGAUUUCUAACAAUGCACAAACGGCGACGUAAGAAGUUACAGACGCGUGCCCUACUACAGGACACAGCUAUAUUGGAUGAUGUACUCCAUGGCCAAGUGCAGUGCAUUCUGAAUCAAGUUGGAAAUUGGAGAUUUAAUGCGUUUACUCUGGAAACAGUUACUGGAGGACGCUCACUGCCUGUUUUAUGUGUUCAUUUGUUCCAUUGGUAUGGCCUCUUGGAUCAUUUUAAUUUAGAUGUAGUUAGGCUAUGGAAAUUAUUUUCAUUAAUCGAAGAAGGAUAUCACAGCACAAAUCCGUAUCACAACUCAAUACAUGCAACAGAUGUCACACAAGCGAUGCACUGUUUCCUACAGGAAUCAACAAUUUUAGAGCAUUUAGAACCGAUCGAAGUAAUGGCUUCGCUACUUGGUGCUGUAACUCAUGACCUAGACCAUCCGGGUGUCAAUCAACCAUUUCUCAUAGCUACGUCGAACCAUUUAGCAGCAUUGUACGAAAAUACGUCAGUUUUGGAAAAUCAUCAUUGGCGUUCAGCAGUUGGCUGCUUGUUGGAAAGUGGCGUUGCCGAACAAAUUCAAGACAUACGACCGGAUCUUGAAAAUCAAAUUAGCUCUCUCAUACUAGCCACCGACAUCACAAGACAACAAGAGUUCUUAACUAAAUUAAGAAAUUAUCUUGACACAAACACAUUAGAUUUACGACGCGCUGAACACCGUCACUUCGUUUUACAAAUUGCAUUGAAAAGUGCUGAUAUAUCGAAUCCGUGCAGGCCAUGGGACGUCAGCAAAAAGUGGAGUCAAAAAGUGUGCGAAGAGUUCUUUCGGCAAGGUGACUAUGAACGCCAAUUAAAUCUACCGGUUACGUCAUUAUGUGAUCGAUAUUCAACAUCGGUGCCCAAGAUUCAAGUUGGCUUUUUCAAAUUUGUUGUAACACCAUUAUUCGAUGAAUGGCAUCGGUUUCUUCAAUCGAAACUAUCCAGAAAGAUGAUGAAAAAUCUCAAAUACAAUCAAAUCCAAUGGGAGACGAAGGUGGCAGCUGAAUUGGCAGAAGAAACUCGAACCGAAAUCUCCGAUGCCGAAGCACUCGAACAGGAAGUGGAUGAUGAUGAUGAUAAUAAUGAUGAUGUUGAGGAUGACGUCGAUGAUGUGGACAAUCGUUGUGUCGAAUUAUCGGACAGUUCCGAGGUUCUGUUGCCGGAAGUCAAAUUACCCCUAAGAAGAAGCUCUCUACAAGUACCGAGUUUUAAUAUCUCGCGAUUCGAUCGAAGAAAUUCAGCUCCAGUGAACCCACCGAAAAUAAUAUUACCACUGAAAGAACGCCGGUCUCGAGAGGCCAUACGUGAAGAUAUGGAAGCCCGAUUCGAAAAUGACACCUUUUCAAUGCUAUCAUCGGACAGCGAUAGUUUUCCGAAGGGUCGUUCAUCCGAUAACAGUGUACCGGAUCGCGAAAGACCCCUAAGUGCGGAAACACUUGUCCCAGACUUAAGUAUAGCUGCUAUGAGUAAUAGUGCAUGUGCAGAUCGAUUAAAUAUGGUCAUGCAUGGUGCUAGUAGCAUGAUUAACACGAAUAUGCUAACGGCCUCGAGUGCUACAAAGCAACUUAUUCGCCAGCAAACAUUUCCACCUCUUCAGCCAUAUGUUCGAGCUAGAUAUAUGUCUGCGGCUGCCGAUAUGGGCACAUCAUCAUGUGCGGAAACAUUGAUUGAAACCAAAUCGAAUUCAUCGGAUUCACCAUGCGAGAACGAAGUACGAGGUGUGCUGAUCAGUAAGAAAGAAAGUUUUAAACGUGAACAGGACGCCUAUCAAAUGGAGAAAUCCUGUAAAAUGGCCAAAUUAUCCAUUGAACCAGGACAAAAGGAAAAUCUCGAUCCAAGUAUUACCAAAAAGAACUCGACUCGCCGCCGAGGCUCGGCACCAGUUGUGGUUGUAUUACCUUCAAAGCCAGCUAACGAAGAGAGUUCAUUGUUGAAUAAAAAUGAUGCUUUCUACAGACGUGGAUCCAUGCCUGCACCAGUUAAUCGAAACACGAACGACAAUGGUGCGGUACAACCAGAUCUGCUCUAUGCAACCAAUGUGUCAUUGAUUCAACGACGUGGCUCGGUACCGUGCGACAGUUACGGUGGCUUUAGUCGUAACGGAUGCAGCGGUAAAAAUCGUAGUCGCAAAAAGGUGCUGCGUCGUCGAUCGUCCGGAGGUGCUGAAAUACUAAGUCCAAUAUUGGCCGAACCCGAUGAUGGUGCUGGCGAAGGAUCAGUUAGCAGCUCAUCAUGGUAUUGUUUCAAACGGGAAAUGAUAAGAAACCGAUCUGAUUUGGAUACACUGCUAUCAAAGCGUAGGGGCUCGUUGCCAGUUGAAGUUUUUGCAGUUUGUCAUUCAGGCACAUUGCGAAAUUAGGCUAUAUCCAGCGCGAAUCUAUUGAGCUAAGGAAUGAACAAAAACAAAAACUCCGUUUGGCUGGUUCCAGGAAUUUGUUAUAAAUUAUUGAACAACUUUUUUUUUCAUUUGGUUAUUCUAUUUAUAUGAUUUUAUUGUACAACCAUAACAAUAGAGCUUGAUGUUUAAGAAUCUAGAUUAUCGAAUGUUUAAUAUUCAGAAAAGUUGUAUAUUUCCCAUAUGUGGCAUCACUAUAAAAAUUAGCAUAUUGCGUGGUAUAUAACAUUACUCUGCAUAAUGUAUAACAUCCAGGGCCUAUUAUUGGGAAUUUAAUUUACUAUCGAAAACUGCAGACAUUUUUGGUAAAUUUCGAUAUUUUUCAGUAAAUUUUAGAAAAUAAAGUUCCCAAUAAGGCGCUGCAGGCUGUACACAAAUUGCGUCUAACAUUUGGGGAAAGAAGUGUCAAGGAAUUCGUAACAGUGCAAAAAAAAUUGUAUGGAAAAAUCAUACGAUAGUCUAGGUGGAGUCUAAAGUCAAUAAGUCGUUCGUAAUUUGUGCACAGCCUUCAAUAGGCUCUGAUAAAGUUAAAGGUAAUGAAAUUUCGGCAUGAAUUUGCUUCAGCUGUUUUUCAGCUGAUCAACACAAACACUCAAAACUUAUACGGUUUUGCCACUACCACGUGCGUGCGUGUCGCGUCAACCGUAUAAACAAGUUUUAACAGUUUUGAUUGUAUGUGUGGAUCAGCUGAAAAACAGCUGAAGUAAAUUCAUGCUGAAAUUUCACUGCCUCCGACUGUGAUGUUUGAUUAUUUCUUCUUUUAAAUAAAUUCAUUUGUGAGAAAAUAUUGAAUCGAUACAUAAACAUUGAAAAGAUUAAGUCUUGUAAGUUUAUACAAUUCUAAUGCCACUCGUACAACUAUUGCAAUCAUAACAUAACUGUUAUCUACAUACACGUUAAACGAAAGCAAGCGCUGGCACUUGCCUGCCAUCUAGUUUACAAUAAUCUGUAACUAAAUCAUAAAAACAAAUUAUAAAUAGAAACAAAAAUAAAAAAUAAUUUAAUAAAAAGGCAUCACCUAAUCAAUCUACGAACAACGACUCCAUUUCAUUAUAACAGUCACUUAAUCAAAAAAAUCAAUAUGUAAAUUAACAACCGGGCCAAAAAGAAACACAACAAUUUGAGAGCUUUAUCUUUCGGAAUAUUAAAAUUUUAGAUUUUCUUUUUACUAAGACCAAAAACAGUCAGACCAAUGAAAUGGUUUUUGUGGAACAAGCAUUCAUUUGAACUUGCAUACUUUCUCCCGUUCUAAAAACUAAAUCUAAAUUAACGAAUGUAAACGUUUUUCCGCAAAAAAAAGAAAAAACAUUGAAAAAUAACGUGGGUUUGUCGAAGGGAAUGUCUUACCAAAGCGGACAUUGGCAAAAAAAUGUCUAGUCAUCCAUAUUUCAGUAAACACCGAACAAAAUUCUUUGGACAAAUUAACAACCACAAUUUGCACAGACUUUGUGAACAUUUUGAAAAGUAAAUUUAAGUGAAAUAGGAAGCGAAUAUGAUGAAGACAUGUAUUGAUUAUGUUGUAAGUGUAAGAGGUGUUAAUUUAAUGGAACAAACAUUGGUGAAACACAUUUUCAUAGAAAAUAAUAUUUCAAAAAAUUAUUUUUUUUCGAAAGGGUAACAAUUUUACCGGGGAAACACUUUUUGGAAAAAUUUUACGAUAAAAAUUAAAUCUAUUUGAGCGAAGAGUAAACAUUUUGAACUUAGUAUUAUGCAAAUUUUUUAUGACGACUACACAAAUUACAUCAAUUUUGACCUUCGAAUGACUGUAAAAGGACCAUAAACCAAUGUGUGAUUAAGCGAAGAUAAAAAUUACAAAUGACCCGAAAAUUCAAAGUGCGUUAAUUUCUACAUUCGUUAAGUGUUUACACGUAAAGCGCGUCAUUUAUUUUUGUAAUAUAAAUGUAGAAGCUCAAUCCACUAGACCCUACAAAAGCGAAGCUGAAUAUCAAAUCAAAAAGUGAGUUACGGUGUGGUUGAAUAAACUUUAAUCAGAUGGAAAUUAAGUUAACUGCUACUCGCCUGUCGAAGUUCGGUUCACUCGUAACAAAAAUAUCACAUUUCUUAACACAUUCAGUUGAGCGAUCCAAAGCUCUCGGACAUUUUAACCUAUCUGUUUCUGAGAUAACCAUUUAUUAUUGGCGAACAGUGGUGACUUUAUACUGUGGAUCUUUUUUCCACAAACUUUUUUAAACAUUCAAAACUAUCAAAUCAAACCAAAAUGUGUUCAUAUUUCCACAAUUUAACUUUAUCGACUCAUAUUUCACAUUCGCUAAAAUAUAGGGGAUACAACGCCAAUAAUAAUUAGAACAAAAGCCCAUUUGCAACGGAUUUCUAAUUAAAAUUUGUUCAACGACACUGUGACUGCUUUCGCAUUAAAAGCUAUAAAAAUUGUAGAAUAAUGAAACUUGUUCUUAGAUUUGCUUUUAUGAAACGCUUUUCUGUUAAUAAAUUGUUCGCCGACCAUAAAUUCUUCGUCCUAUAAAUUUUCAAACCGAAAAGAUAUCACCAAGGGUGUCUCUAUCCUGUGUUCGUCUGUAUCAACUCUGAAAGAUUUGAUAUCAAUGUCUUAAAAAUACUUCGUUCACGUGAAGUAGUAGACCCGAUUGUUUAACUACUGAUAUGCUUACCGCCUGUGCAGGGUAAACGACAACCAAGUUUUCAUCAAUUGUCAAGAUUGAGCAAUUUAACUAAUUAUGAUUACGCAUCUAUAAGAAAGUGUCUUUUUGACAUGAAAACGAACAAAAUUGGAUACGCAAUCGCGAAAGUUUAUCGUUGAAAGAAGGGCAAAUAUUCUCUUCAAGUCUAAAAACACACUUCUUGUCUUCAUGGUGCAAGUACAUUUUUCACAUUCGAGACGAAUUCAAAUAGAGAUGACGAUUGAAGUGCUUUACCAACGAAUAGAACGGUUGAAGCCGGGUAUUUCCUAGAAAACGUUUUCUAAAAUUUUCUCGAACAUUCUACAACGUCUCAAAAUUUAUAAAAUUUUAUAAAGUUUUCACAAAUUGUAGAAUUUUUAAAAAUUUUAUAUAAUUUUUAGAGAUUUACAGAUUUCUAGAAGUUUCUCGUAGUUUCUAGAAUUUCUAAGAUUUUCUAGAAUUUCUAAAAUUUUCUAGAAUUACUGAAAUCUAUAAAUUAGGUCCUGGAGGCCCUGAAGCAUGGACCUUUGCGCGUAGAAUGCAAAACUGUUGCAUUUGAACAUGGACUUUUGCGCGUAGGAUACAAUUCUAACAUUUGAACAUGGACUUUUGCGCGUAGGAUAAGACACACAUUCGGAAGAGAAACAAAUUCGAUGUGUACACAUGGAUAAGAAGUUAUCUAAAUUUUCUUCUCUUUACGGAAAUACCUGUUGCAUUUUAAUCUUUCUACAAUUGGUCUCGGUAUCCUAUUUUUUUUCUAUGCUAGAGAGUGGUGCUCGUGGUGCUAUCAAUGAAAAAUUUUAUAUUAAUAUUUGGCGCACUUUACAUUAUAAAUAAAAACAUCAGUAAUAAUCGUAUUUAGAAGAGUGCAAUAUUUUACUUAUUGGUUUAGAUAAAUGCCAAAUUAAAUUUUGUUUUUAAUAAGAAAAUAUCGAAAAUUGUGAUAAAUCCGUGGUCCUGUCUCAAUACCGACACAUUAUUAUUAUCACAAACGAAAUCUAAAACUUCCUCUCAAAACGCUUGCCUUUAUUGUUAAUGAUCAAGCGCAUCUUUCUGUGAUUAUUGUGACCUCGAAUUAUGGUCCAAAUUAACAAAAAAAAAACUUCAUAACAAUCUCCUACCUUCACUUAUUUAUUUCCGUUUUAUUUUCCUAAAAACACCAGUUUUAUAUGCUACACCUUUCAUAAAACGUUUUCACAUCAACAAGUUGAAGUCAUCAAAAAUUCCUGCACGAAUUCCUUCGAAAAUGAAUUAGACAAAUUUUUAAACUGAAUCGCACAACUGAGGGCAAUUAAGAUGGUACAUUCUUGGAUUACGGAAUAUCUAAUAAAAAGCUUAACCGAAUCGAAUCACAAUAAUUUAAAAUGACUUAAAGAAUUUUCGGUUUACAUUUAACAAUUGGAACAUAUCAAAAUUUAUAUGAAAUUUGUUUUUGUUUUGCACUCUCGCGUUCGCGUAUACACACGCUAUUGUAAGCGUCGAUCGUUUAUCGAUUUUCCAUUGAUUAAAAAAAAUGGUUAAAAUUUAAUUUUUUUAAAAAUCCUAAUUCGAUUAAAAAAAAUUUUAAAAAAAAAUUGGAUGAAGGGGUCAUGGAAAAUAAAACGUAAAAGUCUAACAAAAUUCAAUAUAAAAAAAAUAUUUCUCGUAAUUUCGAAGGGAGAAGCAAUAAAGACUGUUAGAAAAGAAAAAUUGUUUAUUAACAAAAAGUAAAAUCUAAAUUGAAUCUAAAAUUUAGAUAGAGAAAUAAUGAAAAAUAAACAAACAAACAAAAAAAAAAUGAAUAAAUAAAGAAAAUGUGAACGUAGGUAGAAGUAAUCUACAAUCAAUCAAACAUAUUUAAAAUUAACUAUAAAAAAUUAUUAUAAAAUGAAAAAAGAAUAAAAAUGAAAAUGAGAAAAAAUGAUAAAUUCAAAAAAUAGAUUUUUAGAUUUUAAGGAUAUUAACUUGAGUGCUAAAUUUUAGACAAAAAGGAAAAGAGAAAAGGAAGAAGUAGAAUUGAUGACAAAGAAAAAAUAAUAGGAAAGAUAAGAGUUAAAUGAAAUAAUCUUUAAAAAAAAUUGAAAAAGAAAAGUCAUAAAAUGGAAAUUAGUGAAAUAGACACACAUUUCUUUGAAAUUCAAACAUCAGCUGGUCUGUGAUGAAUUUGUUUUUUUUUUUAGUUAUUUUCGUUUUAUUUAAUAAAAAAUAAGAGUUAAUCAUGUUGCAAUUUGAAGUAUAUAAGCAUUUUAAAUCUAAUUUAAUUUGCUUCAUUCUAAUUUAUUUAUUGUCUGAGACCCGUACGGAAAAAUAGUCAUUCGAUAGUAUUUUGUUUUUUGUCAUUAUCACACAAUAUAAAUUAUUAAUUACAACAGAGACCUACUCCUGCUAUUACAACUUAGUUAUUGGGUCGAGACCUUUUAGAUUCAAAUGCUGAUCGGACGUAUUCAAUCUAAACCGAAAGAGGUUAUUACUGGAAAUUUUCGAUUGCAAACACUUGAGGAACUGGAACUCCAACGUUUGAUGGGAAGAACUUUAGGUUAUUUUAAAGUAAAAAAAAGGACAAAGGAAAAAACUACUGCCCGAACUUCAACCCAAAAACUAAUGUAAAAAUAUUAUUGAGCCAAUUAUAUUUCGAGCGAAACGUCCGCAAAUUUUAAUAUAAUUCACGCAUAAGUCCUUUGUUCAAGAAAAAACCAUUCAAUAACUGGCCCAAUUUUCUCACAUAAAAAAAAAUAUUUUCUUAAAACGAAGUUACAAAAUAACCCACGAAACGACUUAACUUGAUCCACGUGACCCAUAUACCCAUAUAAAUUAGGCCACAAUGUGGGCCCCCAAAAUGUGUUCAUUUUUCAAAUCAUAAUGCGUCGAAGAGAAAAUGAGUUGCUUGACAAGACACAAUUUUUGGUGCUCGUGUAUAUAAACGACCUAUAAAAACUCGUUCGUUUAAAUCCAAAAUUGGUUUAUUGUUAGCAUCAUAGUUUUAAGAAUAGCUCGUCAAAUAAUGCAUUUUUGCUGACCUAAACCGUUUUCUUUGAUUCUCCAUAGAUAACUGGACUUCUUAUACAUUCGUGAUAGAAUCUUACCCAAACUUGUCUCCUCUUCAUAUCUCGAUUAUUUUCUGAAAGUCUACACGAAAAUUAUUGGAAAAUCUUUUUUUUUUGGGAAUUCUGUUCAUAAUUUACAAUGUAUAAUGCUUCGUAGCCAAGUCAAUGUUGAUAAAUCUUCUUAGCUAUUUUUCGUGAAAAUCCGGUACCAUUUCGAUUUUUGGCGACCUCUCAAAGUUUGCCAAUUUACACUGAAAACACACAAUGAUCGAAUACUUUUGAACUGGUUUUCAAGUACUAAGAACUAAUUUUCCUGUAAACAUUUGCAAUAGCACUUUACCAAACACAAGGUUACGUGAAUGGAGGUUUCCAGCUAGAGCCGAAGGCUACGAAGAGGCGUACUAGAUAGAGAAAUGUAAUAACUGAGGAAGAAAAGGUAGGAUUGAGUAUGGAAAAUUAACUUGAUGAAACUGUCAAUCGUAUUUAAUUUCAAGCAAUUGUAAUGCAAGUCCAACGAAAAACACAAUAUUUAAUAAAUUAGUUUUAAGUCGUACGGGUCUAGCUUACACAACUGACAUGGGCUUGAUGUUGUUUUUCUCAGAAAGUAUAAAAUUGUAACAUGUGUACAUGUAUAAAUCCACAAAUAAAUUACACAACGGUGAAAAUGAAAUUUUCACACUGAAAAUAAAUUAGUUAUUUGACAGACAACCAUAAACAGAAUU